UCUGUCUGAGCCACAGACAGGACUUGUUCAGUUCUGAACUUCACUUCAGGACCUGUUUGGUCAAGAAAAGUCACAAAUCUUGUGGGGUGUGUUGAUCAACUCUAUCUCAACAGUGAGUUACUCGGUGUUCUCCUGUCCUUCCACUGGCCUGAGCCAACCUGGUUGAUUUCCCUUGUGUCACUUUACUUUUUUCUCCUUCUCAGUUCAGUUUUUCAGUCAGGGUCUCAGCAUGUAGUUCAGGCUUUCUGUGAAUACCAAAUGUGGCGCAGGCUGGCCUCGAACUCCCAGAUGGCUGUGUGGGGAUUACAGGCCUGCACCGCCAUGCUCAGUUUCUUUGUCUUGGAUUUUAACCCACAUUGUGUUUGGUUUUCUCCACAGUCCUUGUACAGAAGUCCACACUCUCCACGGUGCCAAUGGUGGUACCGCUCAGCCCCAAUCCCGGGGCUGAGGUGAAUGUGGGCCCAUUUCAGAAAGGAUACUUGCUCUGGGAUGGGAGAUCCUGAGGCACAGGUUGAGCUCUGUGAGUCAGGUUUUGUGAGACCCAGAGCAGCUCUCAGCUCCAUGACCAACGAGGGGCAGAAACAUGGCAUUGGGAGGAAACAUGAUGAUGAUUCUGUGCUCCUGGAGAGGCUUCACACAGAGGAGCAGGACACGGCUGCCAAGUUGCCUCUGGCUGAGCAGCUGAGGUUGUCCAUGCUCCUCAUUCAGAAGCAAAAACAAGAUCUCUUGGAAUUAGCUCAAAAGCUGAAUGAAAGGAAAAAAGUGUCCCUGCUCCUUAAGGACCGUCUGGAGGUCCUCCUCAGAAGAGAUCACCCUGAGACCAUCCAAGGCCAUUGCCACCACCAGGGUCAGCCCAAGGGCUGCAGGCUGGCUGAGCCACUGGGCCACAACCUCAACCCAGAUAUUCCAGGAAAGGAGGAGGAUGUUAAAGAGGACUCAUCUGUGGCCCACAGCAGUGAGAGCACAGACAGCCAGCGAGAUGAGGAGCAGGCAGAGGAACUCCAGGCCUCCCAGGGUGAGGAGCACAAGACUUUCCCUGGUGACUGUGAGGCUGGUGACACCCAGCAGUCUCCCUGUGCCACUGCAGCCCUGGUGGAUGAGGCUGAGGCCCCUUCUCCACAGGCCCUGGAAAAUGAGAAUCACCUAGCAGAUGAGGAUUCCCUAGAACCCAAGAGCACCAGGUUGAUCACUGAAAAUAUCGCAUGUUUCAAGCCAAUAGAGAUAUUCCCGAAAUGGAGGUCCAUCCUGUACUACAUGAGAAAGAGUCUUAGAGAACUGUUGACUGAGGAUGGAGCUAUGAGAUAUGAGGCACAAAGCCACCAGGAAAAGUACUCAGAGUGGCACAGGCUGGCCAGGAGCCUGGCCCUGCAGCUCAGCCCAGAGCACCACUCUGAUGGAGAAGAGGAGAAGACUCAGCCCCUGGUCUCCAGCAUUGAGCUUUGUGAAGAAGAUGACCUGUCAGCAUCAAUGGAGGAGCUGUCUUUCCUGGGUUCUCAGCAACCAUUUCCACCAUCACCAGAAGAAGAUCAGCUGAAUUCCUCUGUCCCUGCGAUUGAGCCUCAAGCAAGAUCUCUGCCUGAUGAAACCACUUCCCUCUUGGCAGCCUGGCCCCAAGAGCUUCCCAGUGGACCACUUCGCCACCUUGCAUCCGAGGAGCAUGGGGACCCAUGCAUCCCUGAAAACCACUGUGUGCAGACACAGCUGUGUCAUGGAGUUGGCAAAGCCACCCUGAGCCUUUCCUCUGGCCCCUGGAGAUUUUCAGCCCACACUGAUCCUGGAGAGCAGUGGCUGCUCUCUCCAGAGCCAAAUUCAGAGGCCUCCAUUGGAUUGAGGAACCCACCCGAGAUGGAGCACACUGUUCCCCCAGAGUCAGAAGAUGCCACACACGGGCGUCCAUCUCUCAGUGUCCCUGAGCCUGCUGCUGCUCUGAGGCAGACAAUGAUCCUAGGUUCCAGCUGGGGAACAUGGGGCGUAGAUUCCCCACCUCUGAGACUUAUGGUACAGAGCCCCAGAACCCCAGUUGACUUGGGCUCACAGGAUCUGCGUCUGAGCCCCAUUGAGUCAGUAAAGCAGAUGUCAGCAGGAGCAUUCUGCAUGGCACCCCAAAGGAACAUCAAUCCAGAUGAUGAUGCUUCAGGGAGCUCUUCAGGUCACAUGGCUCCAGAGUCACAAGCCCUGAAUGAUGGUCACUUUAGUGACCAUCAUCCAGAUGGUUUAAACAUGAGAAGUAAAAUGAUGUAUGAAAAUAGAACUCUGGAAAUGCUGUCUUUGAACGUUUGUCUAAAGAACACUCUAGUGAGCACAGUGGACAAGGACAACACAGAGAGUGAGAACAGCGACAUUCUCUGUCGUGUCCUUAUCCUCUGUGAUGUGGCCGUAUAG